AUCAAACGCGUCUCUGUAUUUUUGUACAACUAUGCAAAGCAAAAAGAGACAAGGAUAGGAAGCGGUAGGCUACAGUAUUUUCUUGAUCAACGAAAGGUAAUUCGGAACGUCAGUACGUACACCUUUUAACAGUUCAUCUACUCUCCGUUAAUGGCAGUCCGACACCAAGCAUACAAUCUCCCAGUAGCCUCGGCUGAAAACCAGAAGGCUCCGUAGGCCCCUCCUCCGAGGCUGCAGCGAGGCGAACCCCGCCCCCUCCGGAUCAGCCGCGUCGGGCUGCCGUAGAGAGAGAGAGCGCCGCUGCGUCUCCCUGCGAGUUCCAGAGCCGACGCCCAGGGGUGGAGCCAGCCCCACCGUCCCCACGGUGUGACCCCAAUCAGCUAAAACUAAGACGCAGACAUGGGGAAGCAGAACAGCAAGCUCCGCCCAGAGAUGGUGCAGGACCUGGUGGACAACACUGACUUCACCGAGCACGAGAUCCAGGAGUGGUACAAGGGCUUCCUGCGGGACUGCCCCAGCGGGGCCCUCUCCCUGGAGGAGUUCAAGAAGAUCUACGGGAACUUCUUCCCGUACGGCGACGCCUCCAAGUUCGCCGAGCACGUCUUCCGCACCUUCGACGCCAACGGCGACGGGACGAUAGACUUCCGGGAGUUCAUCGUCGCGCUGAGCGUCACCUCGCGCGGCCGGCUCGACCAGAAGCUCAAGUGGGCCUUCAGCAUGUACGACCUGGAUGGCAACGGCUACAUCAGCAAGUCCGAGAUGCUGGAGAUCGUGCAGGCUAUCUAUAAGAUGGUGUCCUCGGUGAUGAAGAUGCCGGAGGACGAGUCCACGCCCGAGAAGAGAACUGACAAGAUCUUCCGGCAAAUGGACACCAACCGUGACGGGAAGUUGUCCCUGGAGGAGUUUGUGGAGGGAGCGAAGAACGACCCGUCCAUCGUGCGCCUGCUGCAGUGCGACCCGAGCAGCGCCGGCCAGUUCUAACGCUCGGCUUCCGGACGCGUCUGAGAUCGCGCUUUUAUUUAUUUAUAAAUCUUUCAUUUCUUUGAUUCUUGCUUAUUGAUUCUUAAUCUGACCCCAUAGUGAGCUAGCGCAGGGUCUCAGGGGCCUGCGUGCAGACAAGGUACUGGAGUAGCAGAGCUGGCUGCUGAGUGAGGGGCACACACACACGCACACACACACACACACACACACACACACACACACACUCCCACACACACACACACACACACACACACGCACACACACACUCACACACAUGCAUGUAUGCACCACGCUCAGCCCUGGCCUCACGCUGGCAGAGUCGAAACGUAGAGAUCACAUCCAGUGUUACGGACACUCUAAAAGGAGACAAAAAUGUGAAGCAGAAACGACCCCCCCCCCCCCCCCAUUUUAAUCACCACUGUAGAGGGACGUUUUCCGUGCCCCCCCCAGAACUGGACAUGCAGAAACGGGGUGAAGGCUGGCACUUCCUAGCACUCCCUCACAGAUUUAAGGCCCUUGCGCUGAAAUGAUGUCACAGGAAGUGGAGUUGGCUGACCUCUGACCUCUCGGCUGUGAAGAAGACCAAUGGGAAGCUCGUGUGGUUGGUGGGCACGGACAGAAUGCAAAAUGGAGUAGGUUUCUCAGCUCUUUAUUCCUUAGAGAAAGCGCAAGCUGAGAACGUACAGGAUGUGUUUUUUUUUUUUUUACGGUACAGUCAUUUUGGGGGGUGGAUUUGUCCUAUUCCUGGGCUACUAAACCUAAAUUAGGAUAAUGUAGUCUUACGUAUUUAAUCAGGGUUUUUGUUUCAUUUACUCAACCUGCUGUAUUAUGUUUGGUUUGCCGUCCAGCUCGACGUGUUCCCUCGAUGCUUCUUUAAGGUUGUGGCAACGUUAGCACGUUUCCACCAUUUUGUAAGAGUAUUAUGAGAUGCAGCGUGUCUAGUUGGGUGCUGAUUUCUUGUUUCAGUGGAAGUGAAGGCGGGGGAUUUCCGCAGGGUGCCGGUGUCUCUGUGAACCUCAGUGAGCACUGGGGGGCAAGGACAUUUUGGGGGGGUUGGGGGGGUUGGGGGGGGGGGGGGCAGGGUGGAAUCCCUUCACAGGACGUCCUCAUUGAAUAAUUAAAAAAUGAAGCGGUCACUCGUUAUUCUAAGGGCCUAUGUGUACAAUCAAAAGGCAUUGAAUUAAUAUGUCACUACUUAUUAAGUAUGGCGUACAUUUUAAUAAAACGGUUCACAGACAGGUAGGUAAGCCUGAAAUGGAGAAGUAAUAUGAUUUUCUUGCUGCUUGUGUGUUGCUGUAGUCAGGUCAGGACCUCACGUUAUUUAAGUGUAUUUAACACUUUGAGGGCCUGGGUUGCUAAGACCUUCAGCAUGUGCGAAGCCUUUUAGCCCAUGGAAAACCAAUAACAUGACCCGUGAUUGGUCAGGGUAUUCGUUCUGCACCAAAUCGUUGGUUGCGUUACUAGUUGUCCGUGUGAUAAAAGCUUUUGCACGCGCUGAAGGUCUCGGUAAAUCAGGCCAUAAGGAUCAAUGUGAAAACGUGAGAUGAAUUCAGAAUAAAAUAAAAGUAGCUUCUGCUUUGACAUGGCAAUUUCUCUCCAGAUGUUUUAAAUGGCAAAAGACAUUGAAUUUCAUGUCAGCACAUCCAUCUUCUUGACUCAAUUGGUCUGUAUAAAUGGGAAGAGUCCGCACACUGAAUAUGCUCCCCGGUGUCAUAAAUUUAUUGACACCAAAAAAAAAAAGAAAAAGAAGUGAUGUUUUGUUGUUAAUAAAUUUAUUGCACUGGGAGAACCUUUUCAGUCUUCUGUUCUGUACAGCACCUGUCUGAGUUUUUGGAUGUGCAUGUAUUUUUUGUUAUCUAUCGCUUUAUUUUUGUCUGAAACAUUUGCAUUUUGAGACGAGUUAUGUCGAUGUGGAAAUGUACAAUGUCCUUAGGGAGAGUUUGUCCUGGCUUCACAUUCGUGGCGGAUUGGCACAAUGCACUUACCCAUUUAAAUUGACAUGAACAAAUUUGAAGAUACCAGAAAAACGUUUAAAGCAAUUGUUUCUAACUUACACUUAAGUUAGAGCUUUACCUUCUUACUACCUGCUCACUGUCCGCUUGUCAGUGACUUAAUAAAUAAGUCUUAACAUGUCAUUUGAGUGUACACAGACCCUUUAAGUGUGACCAAUAGUAAUACAACGGAACUCGAGUGUUUUGGAAAAUCGAAACGCAUUUGUGCGGUGUUCUCUGCCACAGCAUGCUCUGCAAAGCGCGUGCGCACGCACAAAAACAUCCUCCAGGCUGUUGUGCGCAUAUCUCACACGCGGAGAAAGAGAGAGAGAGA